AUGAGAUUACAGUCCCCCAGUCCCCACCAGUUCCCAUCAGUCACAACCAAUCACUCAACCAAUCUCCCAGUCCCCACCAGUCACUCCCAGUCACUCAACCAGUCCCCCAGUCACCCUCAGUCACUCAACCAGUCCCCAAGUCACCCCCAGUCCCCACCAGUCCUCACCAGUCCCCACCAGUCCCCACCAGCCACCCCCAGUCACUCAACCAGUCCCCCAGUCACCCCCAGACACUCAACCAGUCCCCCAGUCACCCCCAGUCCCCACCAGUCCCCACCAGUCCCCACCAGUCACCCCCAGUCACUCAACCAGUCCCCCAGUCACCCCCAGUCACUCAACCAGUCCCCCAGUCACCCCCAGUCACUCAACCAGUCCCCCAGUCACCCCCAGUCCCCAACAGUCCUCACCAGUCCCCACCAGUCACCCCCAGUUACUCAACCAGUCCCCCAGUCACCCCCAGUCACUCAACCAGUCCCCCAGUCACCCCCAGUCACUCAACCAGUCCCCCAGUCACCCCCAGUCCCCACCAGUCCUCACCAGUCCCCACCAGUCACCCCCAGUCAGUCAACCAGUCCUCACCAGUCCCCACCAGUCACCCCUAGUCACUCAACCCGUCCCCCAGUCACCACCAGUCCUCACCAGUCCCCCCACCAGUCCCCACCAGUCCCCCCUAGUCACUCAACCCGUCCUCACCAGUCCCCACCAGUCACCCCUAGUCACCCAACCCGUCCCCCAGUCACCCCCAGUCCCCACCAGUCCUCACCAGUCACCCCCAGUCCCCACCAGACCCCACCAGUCACUCAACCAGUCCCCACCAGACCCCACCAGUCACUCAACCCGUCCCAGUCACUCAACCCGUCCCCCAGUCACUCAAGCCGGGCAAGAGAGUGCAGUACACGCGUCCCUCCCGAUGCAUUUUCAUUAUUCACUCCUUCCCCGCCCGACGUCGCCUCCUCCGUCAUCCUCGGUAUUGAUUGCAAAGCAGAGAGCAUUGCAAGCCUGGCUAUUGCAAAGUGGCCGAUGGUCGACGCUCCCUAA